AUGAAGGCAGAUGGUUUAAUUCAAUCCAAUGCCUACAGCUUGUGGCUGAACGAUCUGGAUGCGAACACGGGCAGCAUCCUGUUUGGAGGAGUCGAUACGGCACAGUUCAAAGGCGAGCUUGCCACGCUGCCCAUCCAGCAGAACUCAGGGGUCUAUGCCGAGUUUCUGAUCACACUCACCUCCCUGUCUCUCGGAGGCACGGUUCUUGCCGACGACCUGGCACAAGCCGUUCUACUGGACUCUGGAUCCUCCCUCACCUAUCUACCAGACAGCAUCGUAGAAGACAUCUACACCGAGCUCGACGCCCAGUACGACUCCUCGUCCGGCGUCGCAUACGUCCCCUGCAACAUCGAGAACCAGAACACGAGCCUGACGUUCAGCUUCUCCGGCGUCGAGAUCACCGUCGGCAUGGACGAGCUUGCGCUGGACCUGGUGACGGCCAGCGGCAAGCGGCCCACGUUCCAGGACGGCACCACGGCGUGCCUGUUCGGCAUCGCGCCGGCGGGCGACGGCACCAACGUCCUCGGCGACACCUUCCUGCGCUCGGCAUACGUCGUCUACGACAUGGACAACAACGAGAUCUCGAUCGCGCAGACAAACUUCAACGCCACCGAGAGCAACGUGCUCGAGAUCACGACGGGGACCGACGCCGUGCCGAGCGCCACCGCCGUGACGGACUCGGUGGCUGCGACGGCGGGAGUCGUCACGACGAGUAGCGCCGGCGGGCUUGGCGUCGAGAACGCGGCGCCGUCUGCUGGUGUGGCCGGCUCCCUGUUGGUCGGAGCAGCCGCUUUCGUUGCUGGUCUCGUCGUUCUCUGCUAG